AUUUAUAUUCACAUUUCUAAAGUAUCAAAACUGAGCACAACCACGUAAACUUCCACAUCUACCAACACAAAUAGACUUCAAUCAGUCUCAAAGCUACAUAAUAAUUCUCACAAUAUGGCCCCCGUGAUCCCCUCCACCAAGCGGCGCUCCCUACGCACCAAGCUCGCCGCCAAGUCAUCCUCAGAACCCUACGCGCCGCGCCGCGCCCCCCGCCCCGACGCCAUCGCCACGAGCGACGCCUUCAUCAACUCGAAGCGCGACAAGCGCACCGUCAAGCACGCCUCCUUCGUCUCGCGCAUCGAGAAAGCCGGCACCUCUUCCUCUUCCUCCUCCUCCCGCACCAAGCGCCGCCGCCCCGGCAAGAAGCUGGUCGCGAAUCUGGACUCGUUGAAGGAGGCGCUGCCGGAUUUGUUGGAGACGGAGGAGGGGUUGCAGCAGAUGAGGGAGGGGAAGACGCGGCAUAAGAGCUUGAGGAGUAAGAAGGGUGCGUUGAAGAGGAAGGAGGUGUUGGUGAAGGGGGAGGUGGAGAGGUUUGGGGUUAGUCUUGCGAGGUUGAGUGCGGUGGCUGAGAGGCCGGUUGAGGGUGUGCCGAAGGGGGAGAAUGGAGGUGGAGAGGGGAUGGUGGUGGAGGGUACGGAGGAUCAGGCGCAAGUACCGCCCCAGAUGUCGACGGCGAAUCGAUGGGCGGCGCUGAGGGGCUUCAUUUCGGCGACUAUGGAGCAGAAUCCGGCGUUUGUGGAGAAGAAGGAUGGGAAAUGAAAUGGAUAUCUACUUGCCUACACUGGUAGGAGCGAGGAGAAAAUUGACAACUAUAGAAAGGGGGUUUAAGACAAGGUAAUUCUGCAUGUUGACAGAUCUCUUACAAUUGAAGGUGGAAUCCUUUGAAAUUCGUCCAACUCGGCCUUUUCUCAGCACAGCCUUGGUGAUUCCCUGCAGCUAAAGGUCAAUCCCGGAACGAAAGACUAAGGUUCUAGAGCUGGUAUUUAUUGUUGAUGUCAGCGUCUAGCUUGGGAGGCGUGGCAGAUACCGGGAACGUUGAUGCUAGGCCUUACGAUUACACGGGAAUUAGGCUAGAGCAGUUCAUGAUUAUAAAAGAAUCUGUCUCUAUGAUUAAUGAAUGCUGAAAUCGAUAUGCUUCUGCGUUUAUGGUCAAUUCUUAGAAAAUCCCUAAGCCAUAUCGCGUUCUCAAAAGGUACUAUUCACGGAUGGGCAGUGUUUGCUUUUAUGAGAUAUGUGGAUGAUAUUACUUAUUCAUAGGAGCUAUAGGUAAAUUCUAGAAAAAUAACGCGGGUUUUGUCUCAUGGAGC